AUGCAGGUCGUGCGGUGGCUGAACCUCUGCGGGCUGGUGCUGGCCGUGCUGAUCCCCACAGGGUGGCCGAUGGGCACCAAGGACCUGGAGGACACAUCCAGAUGGAGCUCACACGAGCCACAGAGUGCCCAGACCUUGGCAUCCAACAGGAAGCGGCACUCGGAAGGAACCUUCACCAGCGACUUCACCCGUUACCUGGACCAGAUGAAGGCCAAGGACUUCGUGCACUGGCUCAUCAACACCAGGCGGUUCAGGUGGGAAGGGAGCACCAAUGACCCAGCACCGCCCCAUGAGCCCCAUCCCCAGUGAAACCCCACUUUGGGAUGGUUUAUCCCCACCUUUCCUCUCCUGUUUGGCAGCUCCACAAAGAGGUACCUAAAGGAGGAGCAGCGCAGCAUCCCUUUCCCUGC